CACCCCCGCCCGCCGCCAGUCCUCCGGGCUUGCGCCGCGCCGAUAUCCGCGUUGCUCCCAAGAUGGUGGCGCGGGGGUCGGGCUGAAAGCGAGCCAGUCCCAGAGAAGAGGCGCACCCGUGAGCCCGGCCCUCCCUCUCUCCUUCCUUCCCUCCCAUCCCUGCGCGCCGCCGGCCUCGCCAGGCCGCUCGCCUCUCCCUUCCUCGCCCCGCCAGGCCGCGGGCCCGUCUCCUCCACCCCGGGGCCCCGACGGUUUCACCGGCGGCAGCAGCAGCAGCGGCGGCGGCGCCGCCUCCACCUCCUUCUUUUCCUCCUCCUCCUCGCCUGCGGCCCGGCCCCGAGCGCGGCGCGGCCCCCGUAUGAGCCCGGGAGGCGGUGGCGGGAGUGACCGGGAGCAGCAGGCCGCGGCGCCCAGGUACAAGAACUGUAGAAGUCUGUUUUAGAGUUUGAAAGAACAAGUUUCUGCAGCUCUGGAAAGAUAUGAGUUGUUAAGCUUAUGCUUAUCCCAGCGUGAUAUAGGACUGGUGUGACAACUCGUUUUUUAUCAGUGACUCAAAAUUGUGAUCACCCUGAUGUCACCGAAUGGCCACAGCUUGUAAAAGAUCACCAGGAGAACCUCACUCUGAAAACAUUGAAACUAGCCGAAUGAAGCGAGCAGCUGCAAAGCAUCUAAUAGAGCGCUACUACCACCAGUUAACUGAGGGCUGUGGAAAUGAAGCCUGCACGAAUGAAUUUUGUGCUUCCUGUCCAACUUUUCUCCGUAUGGAUAACAAUGCAGCAGCCAUUAAGGCCCUCGAGCUUUAUAAGAUUAAUGCAAAACUCUGUGAUCCUCAUCCCUCCAAGAAAGGAACGAGCUCAGCUUACCUAGAAAACAAUUCCAAAGGUGCCCAUAAUAAUUCCUGCACUGACAGAAAAAUGAACAAGAAAGAAAUGCAAGGCCCAAGAGAUGACUUUAAAGAUGUGACUUUUCUAACAGAAGACAAGAUAUAUGAAAUUCUUGAACUAUGUCGAGAGAAAGAGGAUUAUUCCCCUUUAAUCCGGGUGAUAGGAAGAGUAUUUUCUAGUGCUGAAGCACUGGUGCAGAGUUUCCGAAAAGCCAAGCAGCACACCAAGGAGGAGCUCAAGUCUCUUCAAGGAAAGGAUGAAGACAAAGAUGAAGAUGAAAAGGAAAAAGCUGCCUGUUCGGCUGCUGCUAUGGAAGAAGAUUCAGGCGCAUCAUCAUCUUCAUCGUCACGAAUAGGUGAUAACACACAAGGAGAUAAUAACCUCCAAAAACUAGGUCCGGAUGAAGUAUCUGUAGAUAUUGAAGCAGUCAGACGGGUCUAUGAUAGAUUACUUUCUAAUGAAAAAAUAGAAACUGCCUUUUUAAAUGCACUUGUGUACUUGUCACCUAAUGUGGAAUGUGACUUGACUUACCAUAAUGUGUACUCUCGGGAUCCUAACUAUCUGAAUUUGUUUAUAAUUGUUAUGGAGAAUGGCAAUCUUCAUAGCCCAGAAUAUCUGGAAAUGGCUCUACCAUUGUUUUGCAAAGCAAUGAGCAAACUACCCCUUGCAGCUCAAGCAAAACUGGUCAGAUUGUGGUCUAAGUACAGAGCAGACCAAAUUCGGAGAAUGAUGGAAACAUUUCAGCAGCUUAUAACUUACAAAGUCAUAAGCAAUGAGUUCAAUAGUCGUAACCUAGUGAAUGAUGAUGAUGCUGUCGUUGCUGCUUCAAAGUGCUUGAAAAUGGUUUACUAUGCAAAUGUAGUAGGAGGGGAUGUGGAUACAGAUCAUAAUGAAGAGGAAGAUGAAGAACCCAUCCCAGAAUCAAGUGAACUAACUCUUCAAGAGCUGUUGGGUGAGGAAAGAAGAAAUAAAAAAGGUCCUCGAGUGGACCCACUGGAAACUGAACUUGGUGUUAAAACUAUAGACUGCAGAAAACCACUUAUCCCUUUUGAAGAAUUUAUUAAUGAACCACUGAAUGAUGUUCUAGAAAUGGACAAAGACUACACUUUCUUCAAAGUAGAAACAGAAAACAAAUUCUCUUUUAUGACCUGUCCCUUCAUAUUGAAUGCUGUCACCAAGAACCUGGGAUUGUAUUAUGACAAUAGGAUCCGGAUGUACAGUGAAAGGCGCAUCACUGUGCUCUACAGCUUAGUUCAAGGGCAGCAGCUCAACCCUUACUUGCGGCUGAAAGUGAGACGUGAUCACAUCAUAGAUGAUGCGCUCGUACGGCUAGAGAUGAUUGCCAUGGAAAAUCCUGCAGACUUGAAAAAGCAAUUGUAUGUUGAAUUUGAAGGAGAACAAGGGGUAGAUGAAGGAGGUGUUUCCAAAGAAUUUUUUCAACUGGUUGUGGAAGAAAUCUUCAAUCCAGAUAUUGGAAUGUUCACAUAUGAUGAGUCUACAAAACUGUUUUGGUUUAAUCCGUCCUCUUUUGAAACUGAGGGUCAAUUUACACUGAUUGGCAUAGUACUGGGUCUGGCUAUUUACAAUAACUGUAUACUGGAUGUACAUUUUCCCAUGGUUGUCUACAGGAAGCUGAUGGGCAAAAAAGGAACUUUCCGUGAUCUGGCAGACUCUCAUCCUGUUCUUUACCAGAGUUUGAGAGAUUUACUGGAGUAUGAAGGAAGUGUGGAAGAUGACAUGAUGAUAACGUUUCAAAUAUCUCAUACGGAUCUCUUUGGCAAUCCAAUGAUGCAUGAUUUAAAGGAAAACGGUGAUAAAAUUCCCAUUACGAAUGAAAAUAGAAAGGAAUUUGUCAAUCUGUAUGCUGACUACAUACUCAAUAAAUCAGUAGAGAAGCAAUUCAAGGCCUUUCGGAGAGGAUUCCACAUGGUGACCAAUGAAUCUCCUUUGAAAUAUUUAUUUAGACCAGAGGAAAUUGAAUUACUUAUUUGUGGAAGUAGGAAUUUAGAUUUUCAAGCACUAGAAGAAACUACAGAAUAUGAUGGUGGCUAUACAAGAGACUCUCUUAUUAUUAGGGAAUUCUGGGAAAUAGUCCAUUCAUUUACAGAUGAACAGAAAAGACUCUUCUUACAGUUUACAACAGGCACAGACAGAGCCCCUGUGGGAGGACUUGGAAAGUUAAAGAUGAUCAUAGCCAAAAAUGGCCCAGAUACAGAGAGAUUACCUACAUCUCACACAUGCUUUAAUGUACUUUUGCUUCCGGAGUACUCAAGCAAAGAAAAGCUUAAAGAAAGAUUAUUGAAGGCCAUCACAUAUGCCAAAGGAUUUGGCAUGCUGUAAUAAUUAUGACAAAAGGGAUUUAAAAAAUGAUGGUGAUGAUGUCCCUCUCCAAAAAGGCCAUAAGAUAGUGAGCUACAGUAGUCACCUGUGUUUGUGCCUCCCUUCUUUACUGGGGACAUUGGGCUGGAACAGCAGAUUUCAGCUGCUUAUAUGAACAAAAAUCUUUAUUUUUUUCUUUUAGCGUGAAAGUGUUAACAUAUUCUUUCACUUGUAUGUACAGAGAGGUUUUCCUGAAUAUUUAUUUUAAGGGUUAAAUCACUUUUGCUUGUGUUUAUUACUGCUUGAAGUUGAGCCUUUUUGAGUAUUUACAAGAAAACAAACUGUACUCUCCCAAGGAAAAUAUUGCCAUCAUUUGUAGACCAUGUAACCUUCAAGUAUGUGCUAUAUUUUUGUCCCUGUAUCUAAUCAAAUCAAGAACUGUACUUUUUGAAGAGUUUGCUUUUGAAACUUGAAGUCUUGGAAAACAGUGUGAUGCAAUUACUGCUGUUCUAGCCCCCAAAGAGUUUCUGUGCAAAAUCUUAAGAAUCAAUAAAGAUGGAAGGGAGAACUUGGAAUGUUAAACUGCAGCCUUGAGAACUUUACUUUAGUCACAGCACAAUUAAAAUUCAUUUCACUAUAUGUUGUCUUCACAUGUCUUGUAAUAAACUGUGUUUUUAAUUAGGAAACAUUUCUUAGCGUAUGAAAGGGUAGAAAUUUUAGUUACUUUUUUAAAAAAGAAGUUUACUGGGGAAAGUGCAUUUUCAACCGAACAGCUUUAGAGUAGGGAGUGAAGUGUUUGGAAAAAAAAAAAAAGAUAGGAAGUUUUUUGCUAUAUUAUAAAGAAAGCAUGUGGAAGUGCACUUAAAAUGAAGUUUUAUUCUUAAUUGCCUAUUAUGUUGACAUUUUAAAUAGACAAUCCAAAGUCUUCCCUACCUGUUAUGUCAUCACCAUUUAUUUAAUGAAUCGUUGUUCCUACUUAUCAAGGCACAUGAUCAGUGUUGCAACAUAAUCUAAAGGGAUGACUAGUGUAUUUUAAUCUCAUCUAACUAAGCAAAAUUGAACAAUAUUAAACAUAAGGCCUACUUCAUGUUGUACACUUCCAACCAUUAAAUAAACUGUUAGUAAGUACUAAGGUUAUGUUCAUCUACUACAUAAAGUAUUCAGUAGGUUUUUAAUUUAAUUCUACCAAUCAUAUCAGAAAUAAAUCCUUUACCUUUCGUAGUCUGUGUUCAAUGUUAAUUUCUCCUGUUGCAAUAUACGAUGAAGGGAUUAUGCAUUUGUAAGUGAGGAUGUACCUGGCAUAUCUCUUUCAUAAGACAUAAGACAAGCCACAGUGGAUAUGCAGAGCUGAGCUUGUGCCUUGACAAUUGCUGUCCCUGACUGGUAGCGAUCAAACCCCGUGACUCUGUGGAAUUGGCAUUACAAGGUGUAGUUUUGAAAUGGUGGGAGAAAGAAAAGAUGGCUUCCAGGACUAUUUUAAUAAAUUCUUUCUAGUAAUAGAAACAGACAACUGUUAUGUAACUAUGAUGCUGAAUAAAACAGUGACCUUUUUUCA